AUGGACGACGGGAUGAGAGAAGUCAGAGAGAGGAGAUUGACUCAGCACCUCGACCAAGAAGCAGGUCUCCUGGGUACCGCCGACGGUCACGAACACCACCAACAAACAGAGGUCGAGAAGAUCUUUUUGCCGACAGAAGAUCACCAGUGCGCCGCUAUUCUCCACGAAGAUCACCUCCUCCUAGAAGACGAUCUAGAUCAGCGUAUGGCGCCAGGGCUCGCAGUCCGCCAGAGACCAAGCGGUACCGUGAGUUCUCUCCCGACCCUUCACGUCGCUCACCGAAACGAGAACGACGAAUCUCUCCAGACCGCAGCCGAUUUGAUCGUGAUCGCCCGCGGUCACCGUCUAGGCGUGGGCCUACCCCUGACAGAGAUUUGGCAAGAGGAGGCGAAAGCUACAGACCAAGAUCGAGAACACCUCCGCGACGCAGACCGGUUGACAAUUGGAGACGCUCUCCUUCACCGAGGAAUUUGA